AGAGCAAACCAUUAUCAGCAUUACAGAAACAUUCUUAUAACUCCAGAUCAGCUUUAUGCAUUUUUCCACAGACAAAUUAUCUUUGCUGAUGAGCUUUGAGGUCUCCUAAUCCACAGAUCUCCUAAUCCACAGAUUCUCUGUCAGAUUCAAAAAGAUGGAUAUUACUUCCCAUUAGAGGAAAAACAUUGGUCAAAUUAAAAUAUUACUUCAAAUCUAAAUCUGCCAGAGGUAUAAUUCAUUUUGACGUUAAGUUCACAUACGUCCUCACAAACAUCUGGAUUGGUAUACCUCAGGAAUUUGCAGAGAAUAUACUUUUGGUAGCCAGCAGCAAACAUCUGGAAUAAUUCUGACAGAAUGUGUGACCAUCCUUCGUGACAGAAACGGUAGAGAUUAGUUAAUUUUCUGGCAACAACUAGCUUUUAAGAAUAAUCCACAAAUUUUGAAUUGGGCUGAGGUCAGUAGCAAUCUGAUUCGUCUCUGUGAAAAACAUAUCUGGUCACUUUGUUUAGAUUUGUUUGAGAUGAUUUUUCAUGAUCUUUUAGUGAAAGAAAGACAGCUUUUUGUUGAGCAAGAGUGUGAUGGAGUAGUGGCAAUGAGCAGUAAUGCUGUGUAAUCAACUGAUUAAGGGAGAGAUAAAGUGGAGCAUCACCCCUCCCUCCUGCUCUUGGCAGCUGAUGUCAAGACUGUGUUGCUAUGGGCAACCGUCCGGGCAAGAGAGAGGAAAAUGGAGACACCACCCGGUGUGCAGGAUGGCAACAGAGAGGCUGAGAGAACAGAAGGGAAGAAAUAUCAUGUCAGAAGGACAAUGAAGUCAAAUUCUGAAAGCGGAGCUCAGGAUGAUGACGAGAGAGUCAGACGGAGGACACUCAGCCUGCCAGCAUCAGCAGCCGGGAGGAAGGCUGGCCAAUCACCAGCUGACAUGCUCAGAAAUUCAGGAGCCAAUGAAAUGCCAGCAGGCGCCCUCCACAGCACAACAACUCGGGCGCAGAGGCUGCACAAUCUGAGCUCGGAUGUCUUAUUAAUGAAUGGAGCGCUUCCUGGGCUGCAUCGCUGCACGUCUCUGAAACGGGAGGAUGGAGAGGAAAAUCAGCAAAGAUGGAGGGAAAAACGGUGCCAAGGCUGUGAGAGGACGGCGAACAAACCCAGAGAGCCCCGAUGAAGGCUCGGCUGAGGACGUGGCAGCAGCUUUUAAAGGGACGGACUCCCAUCCUGAUAUCCACCUGCCGGACUCAUCGUCCCCAUCACCGUCUUCCUCCUCCCCUCUUCCUCAGCCCGCCAUGCCUCCUUCCGUGUCUGCCUCUGCUCUCCUGGCUCUGGCGUCUCCAGCAACCAGGCGGUCCAUCUCCAUGGGAGACUUUCGGAGGGUAACAGGGGCUCUCCUGGCCGGUUCCGAUCCCCCGUCCACUUCUGCCACGGCCCCCUCCUCCAAACUGGUCACCCCCAGCUCCAGCAUGGAGUUCGAGGCGGCCCGGCGGCGCCUGCUGGAGGUGGAGGAGCGGCAACGGGUCAUCAGGGAGAUGGAGCGGCGGCUGGAGGAGCUCAGGGAGAUGUUUGUGCGCUCCGAGCAGCAGGUGGUGGUUCACGGGGAGCUGGUGUCGCGGAUAACCGGUGCGGCCCAGCAGGGUGAGCUGUACGUGGCGGAGAACACCCAGCGGGUGAAGAAAGGCUUGAAGUUCAAGAAGCAUCGACCCACCAUCGUGUUUUCCUCCAUGCUCGGACUGCGCACGUGCCUCCCCUGGCCUGUGAAGCUCAAAUAGGACGUCAGAUACUUACAUUUCACCCAUGAUAUUAGAAAUGUGCUUUACAUUAAAUAGUGAGGGGUGGAGCUCCAUCCCUUAGCUCUCAGUGACAUGGCUGCUCUCCAGUUACAACCUUACUGCUCUUGAAUCCUGAGGCUGGUCCUUCAGGGGUUAGAGUGCCUAAAUAUCACAGAGGCCAGUAAAGGAGCUUCCGGUUCAGCAGAUUUCUGGGGAAAACUCCCAGGCUAGCUGGCACCAGUGCAUUGUGUACAGGAUGUUGUUGUGUCCUAGUUGUUCUCACAGAUUAUUUGCUGCUUGCAGUAAUUGUUAGUGCUUGCUUUUGAGAUUCAUGUCAAAUUCAUGAUGCACAGAUGAGUCAGGGGGAUGUGGGAGGUGAGCUUCGCUCUGCUCUCUUAUCAGGAGGUUCUGCUGCACUUUAACUUCUGCAGCAGUGAGGAGGCUUAUGUAAGCUUAUUGAAGAAGGGGCAACACAACAGUGUACAUCACUGAACUAUCUGCCUCUGCAGCUCAUUAAGGGCAAAGUGAAGGACAGGAAGGUAAGAUGAGACGUUUGCUGCACUGCUACAUAAAACCUAUGCAGACAGAUGCAGAAAUAGAAAAUGUAAUUGUGGGAAAUGACUGAAAAAAUGUGCCUUGGCCUCUCUGAGACUGCUCAUCCCACUGUCAUAGCAGCAUUAAGAAAAGACAGAUAAUAGGGGGACAAAAUCAUGCUGGGACACAUCCACCUGUGGCCUCUUUUUAUCCUGUCACCUAGCAACCAUUUAUCCCUCCAUCCUAAAUCCUCUUCCACAAAAAAUGCAGAAUGUAUCCAGCUGAGAGCUCUGAUUACACUACUGUGGCAGGGAUUUAGUAAAACAAAUGAUAAACAUCAAGAUUUAUUAUUAUUAUUAAUUAUUAUUAUUAUUAUUAUUAUUAUUUCUGCUUCUGAUGAUCGGGGGUUAAAUUUGAGUUACUCAUGCAUGCAUCAGCUUGUAAAUAUUAGCUAUGCUAUCUCUGCUGUCUUAAUGAAGAACAAGACGAUGUUUUAAGCUACAGAUUUGCUUCUUAGAACGCAAAUGUAACUUUAAGUGCACAAAGACCUCACUAAUAUGGAAUUAUAGUGGUAACUGCAGGUUUGACCAAUUUAUUAAAUUGUUUAUUUACAUCAUGUUGCAGCAUUAUCUGUUAAGCACAAGACAUUUGUCCCAAUUUUUUUAUAUUUUAUUUCUAUGCAUGUUUUUGUCUUUGGAUUAAUAGUAAUGUCCUUUUUGCAUUGUGCUUCUCUCAUUUGAUCUGCACAGGUACUAAUUACAUCAGGGAUGUCUCGUUUGGGCAUUAACAGGUUAUGGUAGUGAUCCACACUCAGUCUAGGUUCACUGUUUGUUUGUCAGGGUAAAAUGUCCUGACAAACACCCUUUUUUCUACAGCAACACAAUCCCUGAUGGUGCUUUGUUACAGAGAACCAGCAGCCAGGCUGCACAACAGGGAGACACAAGCUUUGAUUGUAUCAUCACUUUCACUAAAUGAUUCAUUCCGUUUCUGAUUUUUCUUCUUUUUAUUUGCUUGCUUGCACAGAUUUAAUGGAUGUAUUAGAAGCAUCCACUGUAUGUACUUUUAUAGAGUUAAGAGUAACAGAGGAAGACACUAAUGGGAGACCAGGUUGCCUGUGUUUGAAAAAAAUGCAUUUAUAAGAAAACUAUGAUGCAUUUAAAGGAUGUGAAGACUCACUACAUGAGGCUGGUUCACUUCAGUAGUAGCUGGAUUUGGGUCAUUGCUAAUUUUGACUUGAAGGGCUUAAAUUGGAGUUUGUCUGUGUUGCUUGGAAACACUUAAAGGAGCACUCGAUCAAAUAGUUUGUCAAACAAUUUAUUCACAUUGUUGAUCUGAGACUUUUUCAGAACAACAUUAAAAGAUACAAGUAUUUCCAUACUGACUGACAUUUUAAAACAGUGACACAGCAGAAUUUUGUAUUUAUUUUAGUUGGUUGUGUGUUUUAUGAUGACAAAAACAGAUAAAAAAAGAUCAAUUGGUACUGCAUCCCAGCCAACAUGUGCAUGUCUGCCUCAUAUGGGUUUUACUCUGGUUAGACGGACCGUUUAAAUACAAUUUUAUUGGCAAUCCUGUUGGACACGCUAUGCAUGUUUUCGCUUAGUCCAAAAUGAAAAGAAAAUCAAUUAUCCAGGUCUCACAUGGGUCCUACUUUUCCCCCAGAAUUGUCUUAUAUAAAACCUAUUUCAGCAUUUCUCUGUAACCUGUGAGAAACCUUAUCUGGCAACCCAGAUCCCAUUCAAAUACUUACUGGGAUGUUUGGCUGAAAGUGUUUUUCAGUGUUAGAUGCAGUGAUGAACUGUUCUGAUGAUUUGUAUUUUAGGAAACUUUUUGUCAGAGAGGAUCUUCAAUUCAUGACAUGAAAUGGAAAGAAGUACAUUGUUGUUGUCAUUGAACACAAUGUUUAGAAUAUCCUUUUGCUUUUCCAAAUUGUAACUAGAAAACGGUUAUUUUGGGAUUGGAACCAUCCACCGAUAUGGGUGUUGACUUCAGAGGUAAACAAGUAGCCUGGUUGUCCUCUUGAUUUUAAACCAGGAAGUUACUCAUAUUCUCCACUGCAUUUCACUUUUCUAUAUGAAGCAAAGACUACAUUAGAGAGAAUUUAAAAUUUAGCAGUGGUGCUUGUGGUUUUAACCUGAGAACUGUUGUGAGAAAUAGCUGGAGUGCCUCUUCAUUCAAAGAAACUUGGUCAAGUCAAAAGUUUCUUUUGACCUACUGAUAGCCACGGCGUCUUUCUCCUUGAAUGUUGAUUAACGCCAGUUAGCUAAGCAUUAUACAUGCCCAAAGUAAAAAAAAAAAAGAAGAAAAAAAGAUGCUUUCUGGCUUUGUGCACAACUAUACCAAACAUUGUUGUAGAACGGUUUUAUUUAAUAAAGAAGUCUGAAACAUGUAUUUAUGCUCCUGUAUAUAUAGAGCUACCUGUACAUACAGUUAGCCUGAUUUGCUGUUUGAGAUAUUUCUGUUUUGGUGUUUACAGAAAGGAUGGUACUGACACAAACAGCUGGACAACAUUUACAUAUGGGCCCCAUAUGGGUAGAAAUUGACUGAACAAUGGGUUAAAGAUGGGAUUGUAUCUAGGUUACAUACUGACUUAAUUUUAAUGUUUUGUUGGAGAAGAAUAUUGGAACCUAUGUGGAUUUUUUUUAUGAGACCCAGUUAAGUCCCACAUGAUGUGCCUGAAUUUUGUGGCCUCUGUGGGUUGGUUCCCAGUGGGUUCAGACUCACAACGCAGUCUAAGCAAUCUUUCUGUGGGGCCCACAUAUGCAUGUUGACUGGGAACUAUUUGUCUUUUUUUUAAAACCUGAGUGGGACUAAAUAACUCAGUCAUUCUUUGCUGUGGAACUGCACUUUCUAUUUUCUGAAUGGAAAAACAUUUUAAAAAACACAUUAUCCAAAGAUCUCUGGGCCCACUUGCAGAAUGAAUGUAAUGUUGAUUGUUGGGUGUUUCUGUAUUUUUCCUGGAGACUGGAAAUAGAAAUAUUAUAAUAUUUCCAUUUUGAACCUGUGGCUAGCAUUUACUUUGAUAAAUCUGGAAAUUGUUGCCACAGCUCAUUUAGCCCUUUACUCACAUCAACACUGACUAGCCACAGGCUCAAAACCACCUUUAUGAUGUUUAACACUUGAACGUUUGAAUAAUUCAUGUUUACUUAUGCAUACCAGUUAUUUAUUGCUUUACAAUUUGUAUGAUAUUCUUAUAUGUUUAAAAGCUAUAGCUUUUUUCCUCAGUUAUUAUUGACCAAGUGAGUACAAUUAGAGCUUCACACUUCAGCAUCAUCUGUUUGUGAUUAAAAAAAAGCUUUAUGAUAAAAUGUUAAUUCAUGUUCUGCUUUGGGUUCCUGCUUUGUUUAGUUUGCAACUAUAAAUGUCUGCACAAUGCUAGACAAUUAUUAAAAGACUCCUCGCAAGCUCGUCUUUCGAAAGAUUAUUUGUUGGCAAGUUGAUGCAAUUUAUUAAUAAAUUAACUAAAUGACUUGAAUGUUGUGGGGGGGAAACAAAACCUUGUUUCAGAUCUAUAUGUUUGGAGUAGGCAAACACAAAGGGUUAAAUUUCACAUGCAUUGCUUGAGAGAGAAAAAGUCUCAGGACUAUUUGGGUCACCUUGCAGCGUUUUACAGCAGCUUGCAGGGCAUGGUCAGCAGAAAAAAGCUCUUUGACGUAACAAGAUGCUGCACGCCAGAAGGAGCAAGCUGUAAAAGCUGCAUCAGCCACAAAGAUUUAGCAGGCCUUAAAUUGUAAUGCUGGCCCAUUAAAUCCCUUUCUCAGCUGAUUGUUUGGUAAAAGGGGGUUCGAUAAAACAGCAAUGGGAUGCAAUGGAAGAAUUAAUGGAAAUGUUACCCACUUCUGAAAGCUCUUCGUUGGAAGCGAGGGUUUAUGAAGUUACAUUAAGACGAUUAUGUCAUUUUUCAUAAGAAGUAUUAGCAUUUACAUGGAAUUUACAGUUGAAGCCAAAAUGUUUACACAUCAAAAUAAACUUUUAAUGCUUUAGAUCAGUUAGAAUUACCUAAAUACUGUUUUAUGCAUUCAUAUGUUCAAACAAUUGCAUGCAAAUCUAAAUAUUAUGGAAAUGUCCAGCCAUCACACUGUCUGGGAACCAGAUGAGAUGAACGAAUGAACCAACCUGAGAACAAGAGCAAAAACCUUGAGAAAAAGCUGCUUCUGGAAAAGUGGUGCAAUUUUCCAAGUCAUGUUCCAAGUUAGGCUGAAUGGCCACUCAGGAAGGAAGAGGUUAUUAUGCUGAAGGCAAGAAAAAAUGGGGACAAAGCCCUUAGUCUUGGAUACAUCAUUUGUGGUCUGAUGAAAUAUGAAAUGAAAAUUAAGAAAAUUUAAGUGUUUACUCUUAAUUCCUCACCUUUGGGUAAUUUUUCCUUACCCAAAGGUGAGGAAAAAUCGGUAAUGUCUAAAAGUCAGAGUGAAAACAGUGAAGUAUGUGAAAAAUCUCAAAAUAUCUUGCAGGCGACAAAUGGGAUUUCCAAAUGGACGAUAAUCCACCAAGGAUUCCACCAAAUUAGUCACAAAGAAGCUUGUGUGAGUAUAAGAACUGACAAAUUUACAGCAGUUCUGCUGAGGGGAAAUAAGGCCAGAAAUUCAGAAAAAUAGUGAACCUUUUAAGGUGAGUGCUGUUUGUAUAUAUGGCAUACACCAAUGCAUGCCACACGCAGGCCUGAUGGGGAGAGAAGCUUAUCUAUGCUGACAGAACAGAGCAGGCUGCAACCUGAUGGUUUCCUGUGCCCGCUGCUUACAUAAGUGACAGGUUGGAAUUUCAUCAUUCUGACUUUUGGAUAGCGGGUCAGAGCAAAGUAACAUCCAGAUGGGUUUAAAACGAGGCUACAGGAACGAGAGCGAGGUCUGAGGAGAUUUUCAUCAGAGAUGCAUCUGUCAGAUUAGAGACAAAAAAAAUGCACAAAUUCAGCUAAAAAAUUUCUCUAGAUUUCAAACAUAGACAUGUAUUUUAAACAUCUCACAAUUAUGGCAAAUUAUUUACAAUUCUAAAUUUAUAUUACAACUUUAUUCUCGUAUGAUUUUAUUCUCGUAACAUGACUAUUCUCAAAAUGACUUCUCAUAUUAAGUCUUUAUUCUAAUAUUUAGAUUUUAUUCUUGUAAUUUUAUGACUUCAUUCUUGUAAUACUGACUGUCAAAAUAUGACUAUUGUCAUGUGAUUACGACUUUAUUUUCUUUAUUUUGACUUUAUUCUUGUGCUUUAUUCCCAUAAUUUUAUGACUUUCUCAUAGGAAGACUACAUUAUUGUAAUAUUAUGACUUCUUCUCAUAAUUUUACUUUGUUUUAUUUUUUUCUUAGUAUGUGAAAUCUGGAACCUGUUGUCAGAAAAUCUUCAGAUCUCAACCCCAUGAGAGCCUGAGUUCAGAAACAGAAGCCAACAACCUGGACUCAACUCCAAAGCACUAAAAGGCACAAAUUUGUCACCAACAGUUGGGAUUGUAAGUAGAAUUAAUAUUCAGGGUGUAAAGAAAAUACAGAAGUUAAAAGUAAUAAUAAUUAACACUGGGGAAAUGUGAACUUUGUAUGAAUUUAAGAAUGUAGAAGGAAACAUACUGAAUAAAUAAAUAUGCCCACACUUAAUGAAUAAUGUAACCAACGUUUUUAGUUUUAGCAUCUGUUGUGUAAAUAGAAACAAAGAUGUCAAGUCAUUUACAGCAAAGCGCGUCGGUAAACAUGUUUAAUGCAUAUGUUACAAACUAAAGCGAGCUCAUUUCUUGUUUACAUGUCACACAGUCCCCACUGAGAGUGACAAUCUGCUGCAGUCAUCUGCUCCCUCACACUUCCACGUUUUUCUGCCUAAUAACCAACACAGUAACCAGACAAUGUGAACAGAAAUAGCAGACUCCACACCAGUUUUCUAAAUGCUUCUACCCCCUUACUGCAUGUCUGUUUAAGUUAGAAAAUGUCCUUUUUACACCAGUCAGGUGGAUAACCAAAGCAUAAAAAAACAAAAAGUAACACUGUCCCUUAGAAUUCAUAUCACUUGGGAAAACAAGCAACAUAUGACAGUUAUUCAGGAUAUAUACAUGUUAAAAGUGUGCUCAACCAUGGCACAAUGAUAUGUUUGUGCUACGGAAAAACC